AUGAACAGUGAACUCAUCAAGGUGAACUGCUUGCUUGCUAAGCUCACCAAAUCACAACAAUACACAAAAACCCUUCAAUUGUUCCACAAAAUUCAGUCUUCCCACUAUCUAAAACCAGAUCAAUAUACCCUCUCUACAACCCUCACCGCUAGCGCCAAUCUCCGUGAUGACACCGCCGGAAACCAGGUCCACGCGCACGUUAUCAAAACCGGCUAUAAAAUCUACUCACACGUAGCCAACACUCUGCUCUUCCUCUACUCCAAAUCAGAAGACUUGACUUCAGUAAAACGGGUUUUCGCAGAGAUAAAAUUCCCGGAUGUGUAUUCAUGGACAACACUAUUGUCUGCGUGCACAAACCUCGGGGAAGUUGAUUAUGCAUGCCACCUGCUCGAUCAAAUACCCCACAGAAACGAAGCUGUCUGGAACGCCGUAAUCACAGGUUGCGCAGAUAAUGGGUAUCCAUCCAUCGCAUUGGAUAUGUUCAAUCGAAUGCACUUGUUGGGAAUUAGACAUGAUAACUAUAGUUACGCUAGCGUUUUGAGCAUGUGUUCUUCAGAGUUAAUCGACUAUGGUGUACAAGUUCACUCACUGGUAAUCAAGACUGGUUUUUUAGUCAAACCUUCAGUUACAAAUGCUCUUAUCACGAUGUAUUUCAACUUCGGAAACGCUAAUGACGCACACCAAGUGUUUGAUGAAACAGAACAUGAUCAUAUCACUUAUAAUGCAAUGAUUUCCGGUCUGGUGAGCAUGGGAAAAGACGAAAAUGCCCUCGUAAUGUUCAAAAACAUGCAAGAAAUCGGUCUCAACCCAACCGAACGAACUUACGUGAGUCUUAUGAGCUCAAGUCCUUGUAAAAACUUAUCUACACAACUACACGCCCAUUCCAUCAAGACCGGAUUCCACGAUUCCAAUUCCGUAAGUAACGCGGCAAUCACCAUGUAUUCCAAUAACUCCGAAUUUCAUUCCGCUGAAUUGGUGUUCAUGGAAUUGGAACAAAAAGAUCGUGUCUCAUGGAACGCCAUGAUAACAAUCCAUGCUCAAUCCAAUUCCAAUUCCGGAGAUGCGAUUCCGACCUACUUACAAAUGCAACACCACGGAAUCAAACCAGAUGAAUUCACGAUCGGAAGCUUGCUUUCAACUAUGGAAUCCAUACAAAGCGUCAUGACAAUUCUCGCGAUUGUGAUUAAAAACAAUCUUAUUUCAAAAACCGAAGUAUCAAACGCAUUGAUUUCAAAUCUUUCCAAACGGAAUGGAAUCAAAGAGGCUUACAUUAUCUUUAACGAAACGAAUUCCAAGAAUUUGAUAUCAUGGAAUUCAAUGAUUUCCGGGUUUCAUUCAAACGGGUAUUCCUUCCACGCAUUAAAUCUAUUCUCCAACAUUAUCGUAUCACGUUUGACUCCCGAUGUCUACACUUUGACCAUGGUUUUAAACAUAUGUGCCACCAUUUCAUCCUUAACAUAUGGAAAAGAAAUCCAUGGAUACAUAAUCAAAUCUCAUUAUUUCCACAACACAUCAUUAGGGAAUUCCCUAAUCGCUUUAUAUUCAAAAUGUGGGGAUUUAAAUUGGUCUUCUAGGGUUUUCGAUUCGAUAAUCCACAAAGAUGUAAUCUCAUGGAAUUCAAUGAUUUCCGCAUACGGUCAACACGGGAAAGGGGAAAAGGCAAUUUCAUGUUUCGAAUCAAUGCAAGAUUCAGAUUCAGAUUCGGUCAAAGUCAAAGUCAAAGUCAAACCAGACCAUACGACUUUCAUUGUGGUUCUCACGGCAUGUAGCCAUGCGGGACUUGUUGAAGAUGGGGUCAAGAUUUUCAAGUCAAUGGUCAACGAGUAUGGUUUAGAGCCAGGAGUUGACCAUUUUUCUUGUGUGGUUGACCUUUUGGGACGUGCGGGGUAUCUUGAUGAGGUGGAGAAGAUGGUGAAGAGUGAUUGGUGUAAUGUGGAUUGUAGUGUGUGGUGGAGUUUGUUUAGCUCAUGUGCUGCUCAUGGGGAUUUGAGACUUGGGAGGAUUGUUGGUGGGAUUCUUUUGGAAAUGGAAGAAGAUAAGUCGAGUGUUUAUGUGGUUUUGGCGAAUAUGCUUGCGGAUGGUGGAUUUUGGGAAGAGGCGGAGGGUGUGAGGAAGAUGAUGAGGGGUCAUGGGGUUGUGAAGCAACCGGGAUAUAGUUGGAUUAGAUCAUAG